AUGGGCGUUAGAUAUGAGCUCGAGACCCCCCGGGUGGUCGACACAUUGAGUCGCCCAUCGCUCGCAUGCAGAGAGGGGGACGAAUCAGAGCAGGGGCUAGGUGCAGAGGAUCCUGGGAGUGUUUCCAGGACUUGCAUCUGGCCAAUGCUUGACGGCGGCAAAGCGCCAGCAGAAGCAGGUCGUGAGAACUGUCGCACCAAUGAGAUGCCAGAGACCGGGGAUAGGCUGCCGGUCGUCACACACUAG